AAACUUCACUAAGUCCAGAAGCUGGCAUUGGAGGGGGAGCAGGCGGUCAUGUGUCUCCGGCCAUCCUACCCUCUGUCACAGAGUAGAUGAGAGCUUUUUGCUCCUAUCCAAUCAUGCCUGGAAUGCUUCUUGCCACUUGGGCUAUUUCUGCUAUCUGUCGCUCUUGGUGCCGCAGUGCUAACGGUUUGGCAGAUGGGACGCUUUUUCUUGGAGUUGGUGUCUUUGGGUUUUGACUUCUGGCAUUGCUGGGCGUGUUGUCGCUCGCCCUCUCCCUCCUGGCCCCCCUGGUCACCAUGGCCCAUCGGCUUCGGUUUCAUUUUGGCUCUGGCCGCAGCAAUACGGCCCCCGAGUCUGAGAUUCUAGACCAGGAGAGAGAAGAGGACUUUUUCAUGGCAUUCCACACGCUGCCACGGAGAAGCAGCCCGCACCCCUUCACCCAGAACACAGGGGAGGACAGUGGCCUGCAGGAGGGCGUGGGUGCUCUCAAGCGCAGCUCCUCCAUGUUCAUACCACAGCUCCUGGCUGGAGUGGACACCAGGCCCACCCGAAGCUCCUCGGUGCAGAUCUCCCUGCAGCGCAAGGCCGCAGAUGGUGCCACAGACAGCUGCGUGCCACCCGAGGGCCCUGAGGACAGGCCCCCGAGUGCCCAGGCUGACCUCGGAGACCAGGCCGCAGUCACAAGGGUCUCGGCUCAGAUCAGCUCAUCGGAGCCUUCUCCAGUGGACACUCCGGGAAGCUCCCCUCCAAGGGCAGCCUGGGACCCAGGGACCGUGAUCAACGGUACUUGUGACCACCGUGGUCAGUGUCCCCGCCUGGCUGAGGAUAAAGAGGAGGCCACCCCAGGCCUGCGCAUUCAGCACAGAGCCUCCAGUGCCGAUGUGCGCCAGGUGCGGCUGCUGCCCUUCGGCCCGGAUGGCCAGGCAGAACCCAGACGCUGGUCCCUCCAGCAUGUUCCAGACGCUUCUGGGAGUUCUGGAAAGCGCUGCUUUGUCUUUCAGCUGCAACAACCCCAGCAAGGCACUCUAGGGCUAGGAGGUGACUUCAACUUCGGCUUCACUGGCACUAAGGGGGACAGGUUGGUAAGGUAUCCACGCAUUCGGCUGGAGAGGAGCACAUCAUACCCCACCCAACCCCGAGCAGGCCGGGCUAGCCCCACCGAAGACCGAAGGACCCCAGAGGCAUCGCCUCGGGCCAGUAGGAUGGUUCCUGAGAUCCGCAGGACAAAUUCAGAGAGGUCCCCACAGAGUCCAGGAUGUAUGUUCAAGAUCAGGCAGGAUCAAAAUGCAGGACAGCAGCAUUUCCGAAUUCUUGUGACUCGGGGACCUGAAGAAGCUCUCCAGAACCAAGAGGAGACCCCCAAGAGCCCUGGACACUCUGGAACUGGCGCUCCGACACGAGACGACUUCCUGGGUCAGGUGGACGUGCCUCUCAAUCACCUUCCGACAGAAGAUCCAACCAUGGAGAGACCCUAUACAUUUAAGGACUUUCUCCUGCGACCAAGAAGUCAUAAAUCACGAGUCAAGGGGUUUUUGCGGUUGAAAAUGGCCUACAUGCCGAAAAACGGAGGUCAGGAUGAAGAGAACGGCGAGCAGCGGGACGACAUGGAGCACGGGUGGGAAGUUGUUGACUCAAACGACUCAGCUUCCCAGCACCAGGAGGAGCUCCCGCCUCCUCCUCUGCCACCGGGAUGGGAAGAGAAAGUGGACAAUUUAGGGCGCACUUACUAUGUCAACCACAACAAUAGAAGUACGCAGUGGCACCGGCCCAGCUUGAUGGAUGUGUCCUCUGAGUCAGACAAUAACAUCAGGCAGAUCAACCAGGAGGCUGCACACCGGCGCUUCCGCUCACGGAGGCACAUCAGUGAAGAUUUGGAGCCCGAGGCCUCAGAAGGCGGUGGAGAGGGCCCUGAGCCUUGGGAGACCAUUUCAGAGGAAGUGAACAUGGCAGGAGAUUCUCUCAGCCUGGCUCUGCCCCCACCUCCUGCCUCCCCUGUGUCUCGGACCAGCCCCCAAGAGCUGUCAGAGGAACUGAGCAGAAGGCUACAGAUCACUCCAGACUCCAACGGGGAACAGUUCAGUUCUCUGAUCCAGAGAGAGCCCUCGUCGAGGCUUCGGUCCUGCAGUGUUACCGACACGGUUGCUGAGCAGGCUCACCUACCACCGCCCAGCACCCCAACUAGGCGAGCGCGGUCAUCAACUGUCACGGGUGGUGAGGAGUCAACGCCAUCAGUGGCCUAUGUACAUACCACGCCGGGCCUACCUUCAGGCUGGGAAGAAAGGAAAGAUGCUAAGGGACGCACAUACUAUGUCAAUCAUAACAAUCGAACCACAACUUGGACUCGACCAAUAAUGCAGCUUGCAGAAGAUGGUGCCUCCGGAUCAGCCACAAACAGUAACAACCACCUAGUGGAGCCUCAGAUCCGCCGGCCUCGUAGCCUCAGCUCGCCAACAGUAACUUUAUCUGCCCCACUGGAGGGCGCCAAGGACUCACCCAUACGCCGCGCUGUGAAAGAUACCCUUUCCAACCCACAGUCCCCUCAGCCAUCACCUUACAACUCCCCCAAACCACAACACAAAGUCACACAGAGCUUCCUGCCACCAGGCUGGGAGAUGAGGAUAGCUCCAAACGGCCGACCCUUCUUCAUUGACCAUAACACAAAGACUACAACGUGGGAAGAUCCACGGCUGAAAUUUCCAGUACACAUGCGGUCAAAAGCAUCUUUGAACCCCAAUGAUUUGGGCCCUCUUCCCCCUGGUUGGGAAGAGAGGAUCCACUUGGAUGGCCGGACUUUUUACAUCGACCAUAGCAGCCAGGUGUUAUGUGGAGAGAGUGAUACCAGAGAAUCAGUGCCCUCAUACGAUAGCAAAAUCACUCAGUGGGAAGAUCCAAGACUACAGAACCCAGCUAUCACUGGUCCGGCUGUUCCUUACUCCAGAGAAUUUAAGCAGAAAUAUGACUACUUUAGGAAGAAAUUAAAGAAACCUGCUGAUAUUCCAAACAGGUUUGAAAUGAAACUCCACAGAAACAACAUAUUUGAAGAGUCCUAUCGGAGGAUCAUGUCUGUGAAAAGACCCGAUGUCCUAAAGGCUAGACUGUGGAUUGAGUUUGAAUCCGAGAAAGGCCUGGACUACGGGGGCGUGGCCAGGGAAUGGUUCUUCUUACUGUCAAAAGAAAUGUUCAACCCCUACUACGGCCUCUUUGAGUACUCUGCCACGGACAACUACACACUUCAGAUCAAUCCCAACUCAGGCCUCUGUAAUGAAGAUCAUUUGUCCUAUUUCACUUUCAUUGGAAGAGUUGCUGGCUUGGCAGUGUUUCAUGGGAAACUCUUAGACGGAUUCUUCAUCCGACCAUUCUACAAGAUGAUGCUGGGGAAGCAGAUAACCCUGAACGACAUGGAAUCUGUGGACAGCGAGUACUACAACUCUUUGAAGUGGAUCUUAGAAAAUGACCCCACAGAACUUGACCUCAUGUUCUGCAUAGAUGAAGAGAACUUUGGGCAGACAUACCAAGUGGAUCUGAAGCCCAAUGGGUCAGAAAUAAUGGUAACGAAUGAAAACAAAAGAGAAUAUAUUGACUUAGUCAUUCAGUGGAGAUUCGUGAACAGGGUCCAGAAGCAAAUGAACGCCUUCUUGGAGGGAUUUACAGAACUUCUUCCAAUCGAUUUGAUUAAAAUUUUUGAUGAAAACGAACUGGAGUUGCUGAUGUGCGGCCUUGGAGAUGUGGACGUGAAUGACUGGAGACAACAUUCUAUUUACAAGAAUGGCUACUGCCCCAAUCAUCCUGUCAUCCAGUGGUUCUGGAAGGCUGUGCUCCUGAUGGAUGCCGAGAAGCGGAUCCGGUUACUACAGUUUGUCACAGGCACCUCCCGAGUACCCAUGAAUGGAUUUGCCGAACUGUAUGGUUCCAAUGGUCCUCAGCUGUUUACAAUAGAGCAAUGGGGUAGUCCUGAAAAACUGCCCAGAGCUCACACAUGCUUUAAUCGCCUUGAUUUACCUCCGUACGAAACCUUUGAAGAUUUGCGGGAGAAACUUCUCAUGGCCGUGGAGAAUGCUCAAGGCUUUGAAGGGGUGGAUUAAGGCCCGCUGCAUUGGGGACACUGCCCUUCCAGCAAGUUCUGCGUGCACUUUUGCAUUUGCCUAGCAGACUUUUGCAGAGCCGGUGGCAGAAGCAGUUGCCUGGCCUGGCUCUGGAGCCCAACUUGUCCAGGCGGCGCCCAAGUUCCGCCAGGGAACGCCGCCCCAGCUCAAGUGCCGCCCCCUUUCACCACCAAUUCUCAACUGGUUGGCCUGUACAUUGAUUACAUUUCAGGAGGACCUGUUCUAUUUAUGUUGUGCCUCUGCAGGCAAAGCCCUUAAUAAAUAUUUUGCAUACUUUCUAAUGACAAUGAAUGGAAUUAAUCACGCUACAGGUAUAGUAUUACAAAACUCAUGUUUACUUUUCAAAAUGAUUUAGACUGAUUUUCAGAUUUUAUUUCAUUACAAUUAAAGAUGUCUCAUGUACUUGGAAAAGUGAGCAUAUUUUUUUUGUAUUUGAAUUUCAUAUCAAGCUUAAUGUCGGUGACAUUUUUAUUUUUGAAGUACUUUGACACCCCCCACCCUCUACUUAUUGGAAGACUAAUUUUUCUCCAAAAGCCUUCUACAGACCAAUACUUGGAAAGAAUUUCAAAUAGAACAUUAAGUAUAAUAAUUUUUCCAUGCUCAGAAUGAAAAUAAACUGGAUAUUACCCUGUUUUUGUACAAAUUUAGGUACUAGGUACAGACUGAAGAAUUGUAACAUAGCAUGAUAUCUUUGUGUUACCUUGAAAGGAAUAACACCAUUGUUCCUUAGAAGUAUUGACGUGUGUCAUCACACAUUCAAGACAGGGUUGGACUGUCAUUUUGCAUCAGAAACCCUUAACCCUUCCUGUCACGUGCAGCCUCUUCUUAUGCUAUGGUGUUUGUAGAGACAUUUCCGAUGGCAUUGCUUGAUUCAAAACUGAGGAAGCCAGAGUCAGUGGUUGGCUAAACAGUAGCUAAUAACCCAUUCUUGCUGUGACUGCGGCAAUUCCAAAGGCACUUUCUGCAGGUCAUAUCUGUUUUGUUUUGUUUCAUUUUUUUCUCAUAACAUUACAUGUGAUUGUUUCUUCCUCCCUGCACUCAUCUGUCUGGUGCAUUAUCUAUCCAUUGUGAAUUAGGCUGCUAGUGAACCGAGAUGUUACGCUGAGCCUCCACACCCAUCUUCUCCAACUGUUUGUAAUUUCUACUCGACGACUCGGAUUUACUUACUAUACACUUAGCCAAGGUGUGACCUACUGACCUAUUUUGCAUGCUUCGAUACUGUGUACUGCCCCCCCAGGUCAUGUCUAUUGUGUGCUGGUUUAAAAGUGAGCUAGAAGACCGGGUGGGAUCCACUGAGCUCGAACUGCCUGGUUCGCAAUGGUGGAGGAAUGUAGGUGUCUACAGUCUGUAAGUCUCUGUUGCAGAAUUCUGUUGUAUUCUGAGAAGAUGCCUGAGGCAGUGUGGGAGUUCAGCACCCCUGCUGUCCCUUUAACUUGUAUUGUCCUAGACCCUGUCCUGAGUUAGGGGACAUGGGAUAUUUUGAUCUCUUGCCAGUUGUGAAUAUGACAAAAAAAGACUGUGGUCUCUGCUCUGUAAGAAGGACCUUUGGUGUAAGAAAUUACUAGUGUUUACACAGCUGUGGGCGCCAUGAAGAAGCCAUGGACAUUCUUGAUGGGUGAAGCUCCAGAGGGUAGAAUCCUACCAAGCUGAGCCUUGGCUCCUUUUCCCUAUGCUAUCCAGUAAUUAUAAAAACAAUUAACACUCUCAGUUCUUACCUUCUGGUGAGAUAUUUUUCCCCUGUGGUUAACAGAUGUUGGGGGCAGGGGUCUUUUUGUUUUAAUAACCUUCCAUAUCCAGAACCAUCUCUCUGCUGAAAAGUGUGCCAAAGCUCGAGCUGCAAGGUGUAUUUUGAUUGAAGAAGAAACCAAAAUCUGUUCUAAGUACUGGGGUUCUAUAAUUCUGUAGGAUCUAGACUGAACCACAUUAUUCACUAAAUACAAAGUAGUCAUUCUGCAUUUUAAAUAAAUGCAAAAGGGGCCAACAAGAUGGCUCAGUGAGUCAGGGUGUUUGACAGCCUGAGUUCAAUCCCUGGGACCCACCUGAUGGAAAGAGAGAACUGACUCCUGCAAGUUGUCCUUUGACCUAACCUAUAUAUGAUGUUUUUAGUUAAAAGUAUGAAAAGAAAGACUUAAUUCUGAUCAUUUCUAAGUCAAGAGCAGAAAAGACCUAUUGAAAUACACCCCUGGGAGUACUUGAAAGGCAGGCCAUUGUGGAUAACACUUCAGCCCAUUGAUCCAUAAUUCAGAUUUUUAAGAGUUGUACUGGAUUGGAGAGCUGGCCUGUUAGAAAGUAAAAACACAGUUCCCUGUUUCUCUGGUUUGUGAAGCUUGUUGCCUAAAAUGCCUGAUGUCUCUGGAUGGUGAUGGCCAUGCCUGGUCAUCUUUGUGUGAUACCUGUAAAUGGCAAUGGGGAGUAUGCUGUGCCUGAGGUGCAGGAGGCAGGUCAUUCUUUUGGGACCUCAGCACUGCAGUCAGCUGCUGCGGACAGAGUUGGGGAUCAUUUACCUUGAGUCUACAGAGUGGGUUCCAGGACUCUUGCUUCACUGUGGAAGGACUUCGAGCAACAUGUGGCUAUCUAUCUUGUGUUUCUCUCCCUGCCCCGUGGUAAGCCUGGAUUAGCCUACUGACUCCAUAGCAGGUGGUGGUAGGCAUUGGUCUCUCCCCGGUGUCUUCAGUGCGCUUUCCUUGUCUGUCUGAAACACCAGUGUCUACAUUUCUGUGGCUGGUCAGCUAGUGGAUCGCAAGAACCAGAGAUGUGUGUUUAUUUUUGUUCCCAGGGCUGAUGUAGCUUAGUGACAGAGUGUUUGUCUAGCAUGUCUAGAUUUAAUCUCCAUUGCUGGGGGCGGGGAGGGGGGUGGAUAAAAUAAAGAAUUCUGUUUCCGGGGACCUUAAGCAGGAGACAGCAGCGAAUCCUGACAUUCAGGUCAGCAGUGAUAUAAAGUGACUUGACACGCAUCUUCUCCCUCAUAACGAUUCAGCAGUAGACUCAUGGAAGUGGGUUGCAAAAUAAUUUAACAGUUGUGCAUCUCACAUGACCUGUUGCUCAUGGUCUCUCCAGAUUCCAGUUUGUUCUGAGAGUCAGGCUCCCAUGUGCAGCAGCUUCCAAUGUGUUCUCUAUUUUCCUGGUAGUGUUGCAUCUCCCCUCUAACAUCUGAACGUCUACAAAGAAAGCCUGGGUUCCUCAGCUACCCAGCCCCUCCCUACUGGGCUAGCUGUUUUUCUGUCUGUGGCUCUCUCAGUUAACAGAAGGGAGAUGCUAUUUGUUGUCAUUUGCUUCCUGGCCAGUAGGGGUGCUGCUGUGCAGGGUCACUGCCUGCUCUGCUCCCUGUCUGGCUCCCAGAAGACCACAUGCUACCUCUGUCUCAUGCAUUGGGGAAUAUCCUGAGUCAUGUCAAAACUGCCAAUUUCAGGACUAGGAUAUGUUUAAAAAAAAACAAAACCUUAUAAACUCCACUUUGUACCUUAGAUUUUAAAACUGGGUAGAAAUGUGAUAUACAUUGGACCACUUUUUUAAUUUAUAUAAGCCUUAAUGAACAGUGUGUAUACAUCUGUGUAUGCACUCCAUCCCAGUGUUUUCAGUGUGUCAGAGAAAAAGCUGUAGUGUUAGGACGUGAGCCUGUCUAGGGUUUUCUAAGAAAGGGGUAGCUUUCUGUCUGGUAUGAAAUCUUCCAAGAAAACUUACCAUCCAGCAUCUAUCCUUUAUUUGAAAUGCUAACCCUCCCAAGCACGUGUCUGAAGCAACGUGUCUCUUUACUGGUUUUGUAUCUGUAAGGGGCGACGGUCGGAACCUAAGGGCGUCUGUUGGUGCCUGACCUCUUAUGUGCUGCAUUCCCCCCAUUGCAUCUCAAUGUAUUCAAAGACUUCCCAGACUGUGCGGAGAGAUGGCUGUUCCUGUGUAAGCCAGUCGAUGCCUCAUACUCAGACUGACUUUACCUCUGUUGUCACAGUUUCCUUCACGUUGACUCUGCGACCUGUUCUUCCUUUUGCUACCCCACAUGUAACAUAUAUACAUAUAUGUGUAUGUAUGCUGUCCAAAUAUAUUUGUAUAUAUUUGUAUAGCAUUUUUCACCUUAGGAGUAAUCUGGAUUCAAAAGGGAAUGAGAGCUAAGUCCCGUCUACAGUUUUCUUCAAGUCAUGCCCUGAGAAUUCUGACCUUCGGCGCCCCAGAGAACCCUAAAAAGGUAUUAGCUUGCUGUCAUUUCUUAAUUCGGGACCUGUUAUUGAAUGAAACAUUUAUUUUUAAAAGUGACUUUGAAGGUGAAAAGAAUUUCAAGCAUUCCAAGUGAAUUCUCAAUGUUUCUUAACUUUUUAUUCUAACCCCACCCCCUAACAAAGCUGAGUGCUAUUUGAUACAAUGGUCAAAACCAAACUACCUUGACAUUUUUCUAAGACAGCGUAAUGGCUGAUGCUCUUGCUUUCCCAGUCCGGAGAGCUUUAACAGAGCUUGAAUCUGGUACAUGCGCCAAGUCCUUUUCUCUCUUCUCGAGAGAUCUAAAGUGAUACUGUAGCUUGUUUUCCUGACAGCCAAUGAAAAAAUGUGACAAAGUGAAGUUGUUGUAAAGCAGUGAUGCAACUUGUCAAAUAUUUAAUAAAGAAUUUUGAAAGCUGGA